CGAAAUCAAGCCAAAUCGGAAACAUCCGAUUCGGCUCCAUUUUCUGAUUUAUUUCAAAGUUUGCUUACUCGUAUUGAUGCACAUUCUUUUCUUUCUUGUGACCAUCUUAUGGUGUAUGCAUAUGAGAAAGCAUGGGAUGUUGUAAAGCUGUCAACGUUGUGAUAUGUUGACUGAGAAGCCGAUCAUAUGGAAUAAUGUGAAAUUUGAAUCUGAUUCCUUGAGCUAAUAUUAAUUCAUAGUCUCUCCUAUUUUCUUAUUUUUAGUCUAAAAGACAAGUGAAUUGUCCACGUGGAUCAACCGAAUUGUAAAUUUACCCCUAAACAUUUAUUCUAAACCCCUAAACCCUAAACAUUAACCCUAAUCUCCUAAACACCACUCUCUAAACUCUAAUCUAAUGAACUCGACUUCCCUGAUUUCUCAAUCUCAAUCCCUCAGAGCCGAUUUCAAAGUGCCUUUACAAUUCAAUACACGGCGCCACUGCGGUUCUCAGCCGUCAAUUGCUAUGAAGGUGCAAUCAUCUGUGAAGAAGAUGUGUGAAUUCUGCCAGAUUGUUAAACGCCGUGGACGUAUAUAUGUAAUCUGUUCUUCCAAUGCUAAGCACAAGCAACGACAAGGCUUCUAUACAUUUGCAUGUGAAGGAACCGGGUCCACAGAGACUAGCGCCGACGAGGGAAUUGCAUCCAAUCACGGCGUGGGGAUUGGUCUGGCUUCUAUCAUACCCAAAAAUAUUAUACCCCAAAAGCAUGAACCAUCGAUGAUUUGUGGGUGGAAUGGAAACCUUGCAUCUCUACUUUUUAAACAAGGGAACUAGCGAAGGAACAUAACUGCUAAUGUUGAUUAUGAACUGAUAGUGUUGCUUUAAGGCCAGAUUGAGUCUUGUUUGAAUUUGUUACUGCAUUUAUCGCUUGUUAUUGAACUUUUCAUAGGAAUUUUUGAGUUUGCUAUGCACUGCUGAAUACUCAUUAAUGAACUUGCUUUCUUUGUUGUGACCAUCUGAUGGUGUAAAAUGGUGUAUAUAUAUGAGAAACAUAGGGUGUCUUGGAUUUUGUUGAAA